AUGUCUAAAGAUUUGACAAAACCAUUCUUUCAUAAUAAGAAGAAAGAUGACAUUGAUGGGUUUCUUUUCAAUUAUAGCAGAUAUGCCAAGUCAAAGAAUUGGGAUGAUAAAACGAAAUACAGAAUGAUAGUGAUGCACAUGCCUGAUAAAACAAAGAAUGAAAAGUUAUAUAGAUUAAGAGUGGAAAACUUCUGUCCAAAUAAUUUCAGCAAAGCCAAAGUAACCGCUCUGCAAAUUGAAAGCUUUCAAAAAGAUAGAAAGCAAAGUAAUAAUAGAAACUUAACCAUGGCUGAAGAAAAGUCUUAUUUAAAUGAUGCAGAGGUUGAUGGCAUUACUGCCAUAAUGAAAGCCCCUACUGUAAAUCGGGUUAAACAAGAAAGCAUCAGUAAUAGUAAGAUAGAAAAAAUUGAAAUGGAUAUUAAGGAGUUGAUGAAGGUAGUUAAGGAACUUACCAGUAAUAACUCAUCUUUUGGAUGGUCUCAUUCAAGAAGUGCGAGUUUUACUAGGCUACAAAAAAACAUUGAUAGUCAUCAGUGCUUUAAUUGUCAACAAGAAGGUCAUAUCUUGCAUAACUAUUCAAAUCAGAUAACACAGAACCUGCCUGACCAAAGAAAUGAACAAAGAGAUAUGAGAACUAAAAAUGUUAAAUAA